AUGCUUAUUUCUGAAGACGACCUUUCAGUGGCAUCUAAAUACACUAUAGUAUUUGACGUCUUUUCUGUUUCAGAAAUUUUUGAGUCAAAUACAAAAGCCGCCGAAUUAUACGCCAGAACAUUAGUUCAUAAGGGAAUUAUCAAACCAACCACCGUUCAUAGAGAAAGUAGUUGGAUUUCCCAAUUAUACAACUCAGGAGACAUAUUUACCAAACGUAAUCCUUGUCCAGUUUACAAAGACAUCGAGUUUUCCCAGUGGACAGAGAGAAUUUUGAAUUUUAAUUAUUCUAUACUAAAGCACACGCUCAAAUUCCCAGAUUAUAGGUUUUCCGCAAUUGAGCUUACACCAAUUGAUUUUGGAGAUCAAGCAAUGUCAUUUUCCAAAUCUUUAACAAAAGAGAGGUUAAACGGUGAAAUCAUAGGAGCAGGUGUUGUUAGGCUUUAUAAGGAUUCAGACACACAUCUAAAUACAACAAAGAUAAUUAAAGGAGAUUACACACACAUACCAGGGGAUGAGACCACUGUUGCCAUUCUUGCCAUCCCUUUUUAUUUUAGUGUAAGCGAUCUUUUGAUAGGUGUAUUGGAUGAGAAAGAUGUCAAGCAAAUUUCUCACUUGAGAUUGGUCAAAUCUUCCACACCCAAUAAGUUCAUGCUGCUUAUCAAAUUUCGAUCUAAAGAAUAUGUUAAGCCAUUCAUACGAAAGUAUCAAGGAAAAAAAUUUAACUCCUUUGAGCCAGAGACCUGCUCUGUACUUCAAAUUAAAGAAAUACUGAUAAGACCGAAAAAUGAGGAGGAGUUAAAAAAUGUAAAAUCUUCAUUACCUUAUCUUCUGGAAGAUCCGUUCACGAAUGUGAAGAGCAGCAGCAAACCAGCUGGAAAGUCUAUCCAAAAAUAUACGGAACUGGCUACCUGUCCUGUUUGUUUAGAUAGAUUGGAUAGCGAUGUAAGCGGAUUACUAACCAUUCCUUGUCAACAUACCUUCCAUUCAGAUUGCCUAUCUAAAUGGUCUGAUGAUUCUUGUCCGGUCUGCAGGAACGCAUUAAAACCAAACAAAAAUAAAAGAUUGGGUACAAGCCUUCUGAACGAGUCAACAUUGGUAGGUUUUGAUAGCACUGAGAAAUGCAUGGAUUGUGGCAACACUAAAAGUAUAUGGAUUUGUUUGAUCUGUGGUAACGUUGGCUGUGGUAGGUAUGAACAAAAACAUGCAAUUAAACACUGGGAGGAGACGGGGCAUUGUUUUUCCAUGGAGUCUAAUACCCAAAGAGUCUGGGAUUAUGCAGAGGACGGGUAUGUCCAUAGACUAGUUCAAAAUGAAGCUGAUGGAAAAAUAGUAGAACUACCCUUACAUGACGAAAGCAAAAAGUCAAACGAAGAGAAAAUAGACAAGAUAGGUUUUGAAUAUUCCAAAUUACUGAUAACUCAACUUGAAAGCCAACGUGAAUAUUAUGAGAAUCAAUUAUCUGAAUUCAAAAGCUCUUUGGUGUACGAAAAAUCACAAGUAAACAAAUUGGAGAAGAUGAUGGAGGAACUAAAAGUAACUGUCAGUGAAUCGGUUAAUGAGAUGAGUAUUCUACGAGAAGAACAAAGACGAAAAAAUGAAGAAAAAGCUUCACUUAAGGAACAGAAUAACAACCUAUUGAAGUUGAACAAAGCUAUGGUUCAAAAAUUGAAAAUGUAUGAAACAAACACAGAGCUUUUGAAGAAGGAGAACGAAGAGCUCCACGAGCAGGUUUCUGAUUUGAUGUUUUUUCUUGAAAGUCGAGAAAAACUUAAAGAUUCCAGUGACGAUGUUAAAGAAGGUAAACUUUUUAUGGUUCCAAAAAAUUCAAAAUAG